AUGAAACCGGAAAACUUCACUGAACAAUGCGUAGGCGCCGAAGAAUUCUGCAAUCUGUCCAGAGAGGAAUAUAUUACUAUGCUAAAUGAGUAUAUUUAUCCGCAAACUUAUGAAUGGGUGUUGAUAGCCACCCACACAGCUGUUUUCGUGAUCGGAUUGGUCGGUAAUGCAUUAGUGUGUGUGGCAGUGUACAGAAACCAUUCUAUGAGAACUGUGACGAACUAUUUCCUAGUGAACUUGGCGGUGGCCGAUUUUAUGGUGAUCCUGUUUUGUUUGCCAGCAACGGUAUUGUGGGAUGUUACGGAGACUUGGUUUUUGGGUGAUGCACUAUGCAAGAUUAUAUUAUAUUUUCAGUCUGUGUCAGUGACAGUAUCCGUUCUUACCCUGACGUUCAUCUCAGUGGACCGCUGGUACGCCAUCUGCUUUCCACUCAAAUUCAAGUCAACCAUCAACCGAGCUAAGACAGCCAUUUUGCUUAUAUGGACUAUAUCAUUGACAUUCAAUGCGCCAGAAUUGGUCGUGCUGACUACUGAAAAACUGGUCCCUCUACGUUUUGACUUAGAGUACUUAGUCCAAUGUACAGCGACCUGGUCCUACACUAGUGAUUUAGUGUGGCACAUCACUAAGGUCGUCUUUAUCUACACUAUACCACUACUUUUGAUGACUGUGGCCUAUCAUCAGAUAGUAAGAGUUUUAUGGCGAUCGGACAAUGUUCCCGGUCAGGCGGAAACUAUCAAGUUGGCAUCAGCUGAACAAACUCAGCUACGAUCUCGUCGGAAGGCAGCCAAAAUGCUAGUAGCUGUGGUCAUUAUGUUUGCUGUUUGCUACUUUCCAGUGCAUCUUCUUUCUGUGCUCAGAUACAUGCCAAAUAUUAAACAGGACGAUAUUCUUACCUGCCUGGCGCUGUUAUCGCAUGUUUUAUGCUAUGCCAAUUCAGCAAUCAACCCCUUGAUAUACAAUUUCAUGAGUGGAAAAUAUCGACGAGAAUUCAAAAGGGCCUUCUGCUGCUCCUCAACACUGAGCCUCGAGUCACAAACUACCACCUCCCGAUUGACUUCCAAACGACAAGACAUGAGGUGCCAACACAUCUGCCACCAACGACAGUACAGAAACAUGUGCCACACAUGUCUCGUCAGGAAUAGCUGUAGGAAUAACUUUAUGAAUUAA